AUGCAGGCGUCCGUCGAGGAUUGGACCAGAAGAGUCGGCGCAGCAAGUAGCAUGACCCGAGUCGCAGCUACUCUGCUCUGGUCUCUGUUCGCCAUCGUGCAGCAUCGAGGCGAGGAACUGCUACGGUUCGACACUGCCCUCACGUAUUUCAUGCAAGCAUGGCAGUCAGACUCGACGAGCCCGUCAAUUGUGCCGAGCACGUAUGGCGACAUUCCGAUGUCGUUUUUCCGCGCUCACGACUGGAUACAUUUGCAGACCGCUGUCAUGACUGGCAAAAUUCACAUUCAAGUCACCACGAUGAGCAGCUUCGAAGGCGUCGAAUCGAUUGCGUCCAAGAGCGAUCUCGGCGCUUUUCUCGCGAGCUUUCACGUCGAGCAGAAGCGACUGGAGUACGUCGCACUGCAUCUUUUCUCGAGCCCUCUUGGCGAAUUGACCGACACUAGACACGAAGAGGCCGUCUGGAACUUGCUCAGAAGCAUCAAGGAGCUCUCGGAUGUCAACUCGCAGAGCUUCGAUACCUUCGGCGUGCACGAUCAUGCCAGUGUCAGCGCCCAACGAGACGUUUUGACGCGGCAUAAGCUUGGAACGCAGCUUUACGGCAUGUUCCCGAGGAUGCUCUUCUUGUACUGUCCUAACAAUCGACGUCACUGGAGAUGGCUCGGCAAUGCUCUGCCCCUGGCGGCCACUGCACUGUCGUGUCAUCACGCUGCGUGGUCGCAGUGUGGGUGGUUGGGAGACCACGCCGUCGACGCACUGACAUUUGCCGACUUGCUAGCCGCGUUAGUGUGGACCCUUCAGCGACGCCAAGCUCAGAACGACCUUCGUGAAGACGUUUGCGAGCUGAUACGCAUCGGGAUCCAGCUAGGCGAACAACUUGCGGGCAAGUGGCCGCAGUAUAGCAACAUGAUCUUGACCGCUGUGCGCCAACUACACACGAUUCGCGACUCGCUCAUCUCUCCUUCCGGCCUCAGCACUCCUUGGCCACCUGCUUCGACGACGACGACGUCCUCCUCCAACACUGCUUCGAGUCCUGUGCUCCGCACGCCACAAGCUGGCGAGCUGUUGCAGCAGCCGUUCUUUGCCAAUUUGAAUCCACGCCAUGAAGUUCAACAUCAUCACUGCCCGCCGUACCAGCAGACGCUGCCUCAGCAGCAGCAGCAAUCGGCUGUAUAUCAGCAGACGCAGCAGCUGCUAGGAGACUGGCACCAGACGCCUCCCGUGCAGCCCAUCCGCACCGAUUGGUCUAGCAACCCCACCGACGCUGACCCAGAGCGCGCAUUCAACGGCAUCACCCCAGUUGGUCUUGACACCGACCACAUGCUGCCCGUGAUCCUUAGCGGCAGCGGUGCCACCAUGGAGCAACAGCGCAAAGAUCCGCAGCCCUCGGCCUACACCGCUGUCGACUUUGGUUCUCGCGCUUCUGCCGUCGUUGCAAGCCUAGCCGACCUGCCUUCUCAUACGAGCUCGCAAGCGCCAGCGCAGGUCCCAGCUGCAACGCCCAGACCUCUGCUGUACCUACCUGACGAUCGACACCCUGCCUCUUGA